AUGGCAACUCGCCCAUCGACGCCGCCGCCGGCGCCCAAUGGCCAAGGAUCUGCCAGAUCACCCAUCACGCCAGAGCAGAGGGAACAGCGCGAGGCGGAAGCCGCCUCAAAGCCGGCACCGGCGUCGGCGGGAACGAAACGUACACAUGCAAUGUUCUCACAACAGUCGCCAGCCUCACACAGGGAUGCACGCGUGGUGGACAGUAGGCCACUUGACUCGAUUCGUCCGGCACGAAUGGCCAAGUACAUUGACUAUGACUUCAGUAAGAUGACUGACAGCAAGGGCGGCUUUCUGACAGCCGAGGACGAUCCACACAACAAGGCAAUGCAUGUCCAAGAGAAGGACAAUAAACCGGCGGGACUUACACAGAAGGAGUGGGAGCGGCAACAAUUGAUGAAGUCUUUGAGGAGCCAGAAGGCUGGGCCAUUCGAGCCUGGCAUCAGUGCAAUGCAAGACGAUGCGACACCAUCAUGCCGAGAAUGCGGCGCGCGUGAGGUGGAUUGGAAAUGGCUCGAUAUCUUUAGCCUUGCUGUCUGCCAGACCUGCAAAGACAAACUGCCGGACAAGUACAGUCUGCUGACCAAGACCGAAGUCAAGGAAGACUAUCUACUCACCGACUCAGAACUUAAGGACGAGUCUCUGCUGCCACAUCUUGAACGACCAAACCCUCACAAAGCCACCUGGCAUAACAUGUUUCUGUAUCUGCGGUGUCAGAUUGAGGAUUAUGCGUUCUCUGACAAGCGUUGGGGUUCUGCUGAGGCAUUGGACGCGGAAUUUGAGAGGCGGCAGACGGACAAUAAGAAGCGGAAGGAGACCAAAUUCAAGAACAAGUUGGCCGAACUCAAGAAGCGCACCAAGUACGAAGCGCACAAGCGUAGCCAGAGGGGACAGUCGGGCAAAUUUGGCGACGACAUGGGCGAUGGGCGGCAUGUGCAUGAGUUUGGCAGAGCUGUCGACAAUCCUGCGACGGGCGUGCCGGUCAAGACAUGCCUGUCGUGCGGGCUCGAGGUCGAGGAGCUCGAGUUCUAA